AUGGCAUCCAAUACUCAGACUCCCGCUAAUGUUAUGCACGGGGCUGCCCGAAAUGGCAUCAAAGAUACUCCCCGUGAAAACAUCCAAUGGCAUCGUGAUCUCACUGAAGAUGAUCUGCUGCGGCUGGCCGGCAAGGCUGGGAAGAAGGCUGGCGUCUGCAUGAUUUCCUUAGACAACGAAUAUAAAACACUCGCCGUUGCGCAUCUCAUCAGUAGGGAGAAAAGACGAGAGGAAAACGAGAUCCAAAGAAUCGAGUAUAUAUGUGGAUUUGCCCCUGGAGAAUUCUGCGUCCAUUCCUCAAGCAACCUUAUCUAUUUACGAAUUGAUUAUCAUCAACUUUUGGACCAGGGAGGUUGGAUCAUGCUCCCACCUCUUGGAAUCAUGGAAUCGAUUGAGCGGUAUUACAUCAACAAGUGCAAGAAAGCUCGUGAAGGUAGAGAGGAGCCUGAUUUUACGAACCGCUAUGCAGACACAAACUUGAAGAAGAACCACAAAUAUCGUAUUGUUCCUCUUGGCGCUCUCAGCUUCAAUGACACGGCCAUUCGGCCAUCUGGUAAAGCUCAUCGUAACCUGCUGGAACUGCCCGAAGUCUCGUCCUGGGUUCAUCCUCUCUACGCCCUCUGGCACGCUGGUGGCUGCAUUGACAGACUCGAACUUUGGGCGCUCAAGCUCGUUAUCUCCCGCCUGUCCAUCCAGGAUGUUCAGCUAAUCCAAGUAGCCCUUCGGAUAUGGAGUGUCUGGCAGUCCAUCACCCUCCCCGAACGUUUCAAGCCCGACUUCAAACCUGCCAAGGACGACAAGCGUGCGGAUCCCGAUAAUAUAGGUGCUCCAUCUCAUGCUGGCCAACAGGUGAGUGCUGAUGACGGUGAGGAUGCCGACAACAACGGCCACAACUCUGGGGAGGCCGGCGCCUGCGCCGACGGCAACAAGGCAGGUAAUAAUAUUGGCAACAAUAACGUCCAUGAUCAUCCGCAUACGACGCGCAGCAAGACUGGAUCCAUCAAACCCAAACCCAAACCGACUCCCUCCACCACUUCUAAGAACGCAAAAAAACGGGGGCAGGAACCUGGCCCUAGCACUGACUGUCCUACUGGUAGACGGACGGACACCGCCGACACUUGCGAUGAAGGGCAUCCUGAAGACACCAACUACAAUAACACCGGAUACAGUUCACAUAUUAAACGCACCCAGACAUCGUCCACCAGAGGCAAAUCGAAGGCUGCCCCCUCUACUACGGCUUCCAAGGACAUGAAGAAUACGACGAGCAAGCCUGCUCCUGAUAGGUCUAGGCGCGGGCAACGAGCUGAACGAGGAUCCAGUCGCAGAGGGAGGUCGGGCCAGAGAUCUGACUUGGAGGCCGGUCCUAGCUCUACUCGUCGGGCGAGCGUAGCAGAAAGCGAACAGUCGGCUGCGAAGAGCACCGCAUCAAAGCCGCGUGCAAAGAGCGGGACGGCUUGA